UGAAGUAUUGCAAUUCCGAAGAAACUCGGCUCUUGGCCUGACCAUCUUGUGGCCAAAAAUUUAUCAUGAAAUGUUUUUUUCUAUAUUUCUUGCCUCUGGCAUUUAGAAUAUUAAUGCAUUACAAUGUUUAAGCAAACAUUGUAUACAGCCAAGAAUUUGGUGUCAUGCCGUGUCCUCCUUAAAAUACACUGUCCUCUGUGGAACUCUUGCAAGAUUCACACCACAUCACAAUUUCCUUCUGAUACAGUAUGGCUCCAGGUUGUCCAGCCAGGUCAGUCUGAUGCUUCUCCUGGUUUAUAUAUAUUUACAAACUAUCAUCGAUACAUCAUUAAUGCGGGUGAAAAUACAUUAAGGAAUUUUCGCAUGGGUGGAUUACCAUCAAAGGGACUUGACAAGAUGUUCAUGACUGGCUCAACAAUCAAUCACAUUGGUGGUCUGACGAACAUGCUUCUAGCAACGCAAAAUGAUGGCUUUUCGGUCGAUAAACUUGUCGAUGUCUACGGUCCACCGAAUUUGGAUGCAUUCUUACAAACAAUACAGAAAUCUUUCCAGUACAUGAGUAAGUUCGAGUUUGUAAAACUUCACCAGAUUGAGGAACGAAUAAAUUGGCUGGAAAUUGCGAGUGAUAAUAAUUUUCAAAUUUUCGCCUUUGCUACAAGCGAUGGUUCGCAAGAGAACGGUCGGACGAUUUUCCCAAAUCUUGCCGUUUCUUACGCGUUUUUAUUACAAGAACCGCUACGAAGAGUUCGCAUGGAUGUAGCAGAAAAUCUUGGCCUGGCACAGGACGUUUUGAGAAAUGCUAUGUCAAAGUGUCAAAUGGGAUAUUCUGUUGAUUUACCUUGUGGAACACAGAUCAAUCCAGAUGACAUCCUUCAUCCGACGCCACGUCGACAAUCAUUUGUUGUCAUAGAUUGUCCAUCAAAACAAGUCCUCAACAAAUUAUCUUCUUUCAUCUCACGUGAUUUCUUCUCAAGUGAUUUGCACACUCACGUGGACAUAGUAAUUCACAUGACCGGAAAAGAUAUAGCAAAUUCCAUGGAAUACAAAUCUUGGAUGACAACGUUUGACCCAGAAACGAAACAUCUUAUGAUGAAUGAUCACGUGGUUGAAAGACCAGCUUUCACCGUCUUUGAUGAAGUUUAUGAUAGGUUAAAUAAACUUCACGUGAACAUUUUCCCGCCGCUGUACUAUUCAUUGUUUAUGGAUAAAAUUCAUUCUGGUUUUAAAGAUUUUCCUGAGGGUUCUGUCCAUUUUGCUGCUCCGACUUUGAGGUAUAAUUUUCGGCCAAUAGCCUUUGAAGGCUUUGAACAAAACUUGGUGGCUGUAAAAGCUGUAAAUGAAAAAGUACUGUCGGCAAAUGGAAGUCGUUCAAAUGUGUUCGCAAGCUCUACGUUGAGCAACGAUUUUCAGGUUGUUUUCCUUGGAACUGGUUCCCGUAUUUCAUCAAAUCUUCGCAAUACUAGCGCGAUUUUGUUGAAUUUGAGUGAUGAAACGUCCAUUUUAAUGGACUGUGGCGAAGGGACGUUGAGACAGAUGUUUUAUCAUUACGGAGACGAUGUGAACACGAUGCUAAAGCGAAUCCGUACCGUGUUCGUCUCCCAUAUGCAUAUUGACCAUCAUUUGGUAGGUUCGUACUUUUAUAUUAUUGCUGCUAUUAGUUUUACAAUACUCCACAUAACACGUUGGCUCAAUCUUUUUCACCUAAGAUACGUAAAACGAAACCUGUAAAAUUCAUUUUCUUCAAUCGAAACCGAUUUUAGACAAACCAUCUUAAUUGUUUAAAACCAGUCUAUGGUUAGUCCACGGUCCAAAUAAGUUUAUUGUUGAUAGCGUAAUUUUAAAUCUAAAUGCCAUAUAAACUCUGUUAAUUGUCAGUUUUGAAAGAAUCAAAUCUUACAAAUCAAAUGUGUUUUAGGUAUUUUGGCUGAGCUCCAAUCUCUAACCUGUUAUAAUAUAUGUUCAUUACUGACGCAA